AUGAUAGUGUUGAGGACCCUGAAAUUCAAAAGCAAGGUGCAAUUCCUCGUUAUAACCAUCCAAAUACAUCCCAUUCAAAAAUGAUGGUCUACAGGUAUGCCAGCAAAGAGAACACCACUCAAAUUUUUUCAUAA